AUGCCACCUCGGAGGCUCUGCACAGCUCCCGUUCGGCGCAUACACACCUACCCAAGACCACGACGGAGGCAAUUGCACACCUCGCCACGACUUCAGAAUGCCGCUCGCCCCUCAGAAGAUGAGAUUGCACGCGCACGUGCUUACUGCGCGAAUCUAGUCAGAACAUACGAUGCGCCCUCACAUGUCCUUCAAACCUUCAUACCACAAUCCUCCCGAGAUGCAUACCUCGCGAUUCGCGCCUUCAACGUCGAUGUCGCCCGCGUCGCCGACACGACGAGCACACCCACAAUUGGCAUGAUGCGCAUGCAAUUCUGGAGAGAUACCGUCACGAAAGCAUUAGCCGGCACACCUCCGAAAGAGCCAGUCGCCAUACUGCUAGCACAAGCAGCUGAGGACCUGCAUGAGCGAUCUGGUGGGAAGGCGCGACUGAGCAAGAACUGGUUUCACCGCAUCAUCAACACCAGAGAACAGUACCUAGGGAACCCACCGUAUCCCACGUUGAGCGCACUGGAAAGCUAUGCGGAGAAUACAUACUCGACCAUGUUGUAUCUGACGCUGUCAGCGCUGCCCCAGGCCUCGCUCACCACCGACCACAUCGCAUCGCAUAUCGGCAAGGCCAUGGGCAUCGCAGCUGUACUACGAGGCAUCCCACUCAUCGCCUUCCCUCCACAACAACCACUAGGCACCAGCAACUCCAUGACCGGGCAGUCUGGACCCACACAAGGCGCCGUACUCCUCCCACUUGACGUAAUGGCCGAAGCCAAUGUCCGCGAAGAAGACGUCUUCCGACAAGGCGCUUCGGCCCCCGGUCUCCGCGACGCCAUCUUCACUGUCGCAACACGCGCGAACGACCACCUCAUCACCGCCCGCGAGAUGCUGUCCAAGCUACGAUCCGAAGGCACACUCGGCCACGACUUCGAACACCAGAAUGAGGAGGAACAUCAGUACAGCGCACAGCAGAUGAACACGGGGCAGGACGCACAAUUAGCGGAGGUAGAACAGGCAUUCGGUGUCUUUAUGCCGAGCAUAGCGACACAGUCUUGGCUGGAUAGGUUACAAGGAGUCGACUUUGACAUCUUCGAUGCGAAUCUGAGGAAGGUCGACUGGAAGCUGCCCAUGAAAGCGUAUUGGGCGUAUAGUCGGCGGAAGAUAUAA